UGAGUGUUGCGUCAAUUAGCAAAAUCGUGGAAAACUGCUAGUUCCGGUUUGUGGCUUGUGAAUUUUCAUUAAUCCUAAAAUCGAAACAAUGUCUGACGAAGAAGAUUACAGUUCUAGCGACGAUGAGGAUUAUGUACCUUCAGAGGGAGAAGUGGUGAGUGAGGAGGAAAAUUCAGGGGACGAGGAAGAUCUUGAUGCACUUCAUAAGGAGGCAGACACAGAGAAUACAAAAGCAGGAAAAAGGAAACGAAAAACCCAAAAAGAAUUUGCUGCAAGAAAGCGAAAAGGUGGUAUUAAGCUUGAUGGUGAAUCUGAAGACCUAAAAGAAUCUGCAGAUGAAUACAAUAAAGUGUUGACUGAAGAAAUCAAACAGGAACAGGUGGCUAAAAAAGAAGAACAGGAGAAAAAGAAGGCAGAUGACUUAUGGUCAAGUUUUUUGUCAGAUGUAGGAAGCAGACCCAAAUCAAAACCAGCCACUCCAAGUGGAAGUUCUGUUACCACUCCAAGUGGGAGUUCUCUUGCCAGUUUAUCCAAGCCAAUAAAAAGUCCAGAUGUGCCCACUUCCAAAAAAGUGACAAUAACCAAAGAAUUUGACUUUGCAGGAGAGACAGUGAAAAUUACAAAAGAUGUUGAUUUGAACUCAGAAGAAGGGAAAAAAGAAAUGAAAAAAUUGGCAGAGGAGAAGAAAGACCCAGUUAAAAAUCCUGAUACACCCGGUCCAGCAAUGUUUGGAAGAAAAUCAGGGGGAGGACUUGGAAGUAUAUUGAGUAAAAUUGGGAAAAAAGACAAAAUCAGUACUCUGGAUAAAUCCAAACUAGACUGGGAGACAUUUAAGCAGGAGAAAGGAAUCUCUGAGGAACUGCAAAUCCACAACAGAGGAAAGGAAGGAUACAUUGAGAGGUUGAAUUUUCUGAGCAGAGCAGACCAAAGACAAUUUGAAAUUGAGAAAAAUAUACGACUUGGAUUGAAUAGCAAAAGGUGACACAUAUAGUGAUAAAAGUGAUAGAAAAAAAUCAAAAAUCACAAACAAUGAUGAAUACCUAGAAAAGAAGAUAGAAGUUGGACCAUUUUCAGUGACUUUUACUUUACAUACAGCUCAACAGGAUUUGAGCACAGUUUUAUUUUCAUACAUACAUUAAUUUAAAAGCUCCAUCCAUAUGCUUUUGUCAUUGGUUGUAAUUGUUGUUUUUGGAUACAUGUAGAAUUAUGAAAAUAAAAGCAUUUCAUGCCAGGUGCUGUGACCUGCCAUCAUUUUUGAAAUUUUAACUGGAAAGUCAUACAUUUGGUAUAUAUUGUGAAUAAAAUUCAUAUGCUGAA